AUGGAGCGCGCGAUCGCGGCGUCGCGCGAGGACGCGCGCGCGCACGCGCUGGCGGCGUCCAGGGGCGACGCGCGCGCGGCCGUGCGCGCGUGCGUGAGCGCGACGGAGCGAUUGGCGAUCGGCGCGCGCGCGGGACGCGCGGCGCGAGGGCGACGGCGACGGCGCGACGGCGACGGGGGAGGGCGCGCGCGCGGCGACCGGGAUGGGGCGCGCGAGGGCGCGGACGCGAGGGGCGACGCGUCGGCGUCGGCGUCGAGGUCGAGCGACGAAGAUGACGACGACGACGACGACGACGAAGACGACGACGACGACGACGAGCGCGAACGAAUCCUCGCGGACGUGUGCGCGUGGGUGAAGCGCGCGCGCGCGGAGAUCGGGUUGGACGCGUUUCGGUUCGAAAGCGCGGCGGGCGCGCGCGAGGCGGCGGCGGAGGCGCUUUCGGAGGAUGAUUUGGACGACGCGUUGGCGCAGGUGGAGUACGCGUCCGACGGGUGGGAGACGGCGCCGGACGAUCGAAGUCAACGCGCGUCCGCGGGCGGGUCGCGCGCGAAACAGUCGUGCGCGGUGGUGAGUGAUGUGUUCAGUCAACUCGCGGGCGGCAGAGGCGGCGGAGGCGACGAGGAUGAGGAAGUCGACGCGGGCGCGAGGGCGGACGAAGACGGCCGAGUCACGGAUGGGGAGGAAGAUUUCGCGGGCGGGACGCAAGCGUUUGAAGAUUUCGACGACGACGACGAACCGGUCGUUGGAACGCAAGCGCUGGAAGAUAUCGAGGCCGAUUUCAUCGGUGGCACGCAAGUCGUGGAAUCACCGAUGAAGCGCGCGUCGCCGACUGGGCUGAAACUCUCGGCGUCGCCGCUGACGCUUCCAAGGACGAAGAAGUCGAGCGAGCGAGCGAGCGAGGCACCGUCGAUCCCGGCGGCACCGACGUCGCUGUGGGCGGUGGCGUCGAACACGCCGCCCGAAGAGCGGGCGCGCCGCGAGAGGGUAGGACACACGCGCGGAUUAGUGGACAGAGCCUCGGUGCCGCGCGCGAACGCCGACACGCAACCGACGAUGGGCGUCGAGGACGCAGACGAGGGCGACGACGACGACGCGCGCGAAAACGAUGGAACCACCCUGCUUUCGACUUUCAACGAUUCAAAGCGCGUCGAUUGCACGCCCAUCGAUGCGAUGACUGAGCAGCCGAGUAAGCCCCCGACGCUGAAGCGACCCGGGGCGAUGCGGGCGCCGACGCACGAGCACUCGUCCAUGGUGACGGCGUCGGCGCGACCACUGGGCUCGAUCGGCUCCGAACACGGCGAAGUCAUGGGCGUCGCGCGCACGGCGAUCGAGGCCGUCAAGCGCGCGCGUGCGAAAAUGAAUGAACCUCUCGGGUUGGAUAUGUCGAUGCCGCAGUGCGACGACGAUUCGCAGCUCGUCGACGACGACGCGGACGACGUCGUCGAGGCGACACCAAUGGCGGCCGAGGGAGAGGACGACGCUUUGGUCGGAGACGGGCCGGAAUCGGCACCGAGCUCACCAGACAUCGGCAUGCUCUAUUCACAGCGACCGAUGAACGACGACGACGAGGACGUCGCCGACGUCGCGUCGCCGCAGCGACCGCACACCCAACACUCGCAGUCGCCGUUCAAGAGACAGUUGAUCCAUUCGCUCGCCCCGCCCAUGUCACAGCCCGAGGUGGAGUCGCCUCGCAGUAGAAUCAUGCUUUCGCAGCACCAAUGGCGUCAGCCGAGGCGUCGAGCCCCACCGCCACCUAGAUUUGACGAAGAAACUCCGUCAAAGCGGUAUAAAAUCAUCGACGACGACUUGUCGCAGUCGAUGACGCAAGGGACGCAAGACGAACCCGCGAGUCAGGGUGAAUUCGUGGAUUGCAGUCAGCGAGAAAACGAAGGUGGUCUGAUUCGACCGAGGAUAUCGAGUUUACCCGCGCCGACGGUUGUCAACCGAACCACCGCGGCGAGCGGCUGUCGCAUCGUCGCGCCUUCUCCUUCCGAGAAGACGCCGUCCAAGGACGAAAUAGAACGGCCAUUGCCGCCGCUCGGGUGUCCAAAGUGUCGUCACGCCGUGAAAGGGUGCGGGCGAUGCCGGACGAUACGCGAAAACGCAAAGAAUGGUAUUUGGCCGAGCGGGCGCGGAAGAUCAAAAAAGUCUUCGGUGGAUUCCGCGAGCGCGGCGUCAGCGUCGAAAUCAAGCGCUCGACGCGCGACGCACUCGGCGUCAAAAACACCUGCGUCCAAAACGCCGAUGUCCAAAACGCCGAUGUCCAAGCGUACGAAGACCGCGGCUGGGAAGGAAAACAAGCCAAACAAGCGCUCGUCGGCGAAGAUGUUCGCGUCGCUUCAUUUCCUCUUGUCCGGCCUCGGCAAAGUUGGCACCGCGACGAAGGAUAUCAUCAAAGCGCACGGAGGCACGGUAUUGAGCGAACCUUCUUCGGACAUAUCGGUGAACUCGGUCAUCGUCGUCACACCUACGAUGGGACGAACGAUGAAAUGCCUCUACGGCAUCGCCGCGGGCGCGCGAUUCGCCACGCCGGCUUGGGUCGAGGCGUGCGCGGACGAAGGUCGAAUGAUUCAAAUCGACGAGCCCCUCGAUGCCGAAGGAAAUCCUAGAGAACAUCAUCGCGCGUGCUUGGGUAAGCUCUUCCGCGACGUGAAGGCCGCCAUCACGGGCAACGAAGGGUUCGUUAAAGACUUCACCUCGCUCCUGUCGCACGCCGGCGCGACGCUCGAGCGCAACCCGCAAACAGACGAUCGAUUCGAUUACCUCAUAACUCAGAGCGGUGAAAACCCCCACUCGGCUUGGAUUCGAGCGUCGAAGCGACUGGGCGUACCGUGCGUGCGUCACGAGUGGCUCGUUGACUCUAUUCUAGCCGGCGAGUUGCUGGACGUCGCGGCGUACGCCACGCUCGCCUCGCCGCCGAACGCGCGCGCGUCGAUUCCCCCCCACUCUUCCUUAUCCGACGCCUCGCGAGAGCGCGCGAAUCUUCGAAGAAAAUCAACCAGAUACUAG